AGCAAAGACAUUUCCCUGAGCUGGAAAGAGAAAGUUGACCUGGCGUGUGACAUUAGUCGGGGUAUGGUCUACCUGCACUCCAAGAACAUUUACCAUCGAGACCUCAACUCAAAGAACUGCCUGAUCAGGUUGUCUCCCCGGGGCAGGGAAGCCCUGGUGACGGAUUUCGGUCUGGCUCGUGAAGUGGUCGAGCCGUCGUUGAAGAACGGGGAGCGGAAGUUGUCUCUGGUUGGCUCGGCGUUCUGGAUGGCUCCUGAAAUGUUGCGUGGAGAGCCGUACGAUCGGAAGGUUUGUUGCACUUUUGGGGUCACGUGGAGAACUUGAAGCUGAUGGCCCCCAGCUUCUUGAAAUAAUGGCCACCAGAGUGACUCUCUGCCCCGAGGCCGACCAGUCCCGUUUUAUGUUUUGGAUUAAUGAAGGGUCAUAUGUGGCACCCAAUCAAAAAACAAUAAA